AUGGACGUCAAGGCGUUCGCUGAGAUGCCUACGGUUCGUAGUCGAGCCUACGGUAGACGUUGGCUCCCUGCGCUCGUGGCCUCAAUUUGCAUGAUCGUUACACUCUUCGCUCUUGGAAAGCUUAUGGUCUCUCAUAAUGUCAUUCGGAAUGAACGGCUAUUGGACAUCGUGGAUCCCUUGAGGAUGACCACUACUACCACCAACUCGGACAUUUUCAACGCUGGUACCACGGUCUCGGGCACAGAUAACGGCAAGUCACACAAGAUGGAGAAACGACAAUCGGCUAAUAGACUCCUAUCAACCGGAAUAAAUUGGAAUGGCAUUCAGCAAAGGCGGAACUGGAACGACUUUGCCGCCGAUGCGGACUUGCUAAACCUAUUUCUUUGCGGAAUGGAAGCUUUGCAAGGCAUGGAUCAAAAUAACAGAGAAUCUUAUUUUGCGUUGGCUGGUAUUCAUGGAGCUCCGUAUAGACAGUGGAAUAAUGCUGGUGGUGGGAAUACUCAAACUGGCUACUGCCCCCACGCGUCCAUUCUUUUCCCGAGUUGGCACCGUCCAUAUCUCGCCACAAUUGAGCAAAUCCUGGGCAAUAUUAUGCGAAACUUGGCAAACCAAUACCCUGCUGGCGCAGUUCGAACUCGGUAUCAGCAAGCUGCGAACCGGUUUAGACUUCCUUAUUGGGAUUGGGCGAGCAAUGCACAAGUUCCCGCUAUCAUUGGGAGCCAAGCUACCGUCAGGGUCCAGAAGCCGCAAGGUUCUGUCACUAUUGCAAAUCCUAUGAUUUCUUAUGUCUUCCAUCCAUUUAGUCCUACGUUCUUCCCAUUUACCCCCUUCAAUCGGUGGACACGAACCCUGCGGCAGCCCGAUAACAACGGAACCCCUCGGCCGAAUGUGGUAAACCAACAGCUGGGUGCAAACCAAGUUUCUCUACGUAACCGAGUUUUCAACCUGUUAAACUAUCAGCGCCAAUUUAACAUUUUCUCAAAUAAGGCUUGGAAUGGUGGAAACUCUGGAAAUCAAGAUUCAAUCGAAUCCAUUCACGAUCUAAUUCAUGGUCUGGUUGGAGGUCAAGGACAUAUGGCGAUUGUGGAUACAUCUGCGAUGGACCCCAUUUUCUGGCUUCAUCAUUGCAAUGUGUACGAUGAAUAUUUCUUCUAA